AUGGUGCAAAGUGAACUUCAACUACAGCCCAGAGCAGGCGGACGAGCUGAAACUGCAAGCUGGGGAGACUGUGGAAGUAAUAAAGGAGGCCUUGAUAGCUCAGACACACCUUCAAUCAGCCCUGGUCCCCAGCAGCCUCCCAAGCUGAGCAGCCUGACAUAUGACAGCCCUCCAGACUACCUGCGGACAGUCUCCCACCCUGAGACCUGCAGGGUCCUGUUUGACUACCAGCCUGAGGCCCCAGAUGAGUUGGCACUGCACCGAGGGGAUGAGGUGAAAGUACUGAGAAAGACCACAGAGGAUAAGGGCUGGUGGGAAGGAGAGUGUCAAGGCAGAAGAGGAGUUUUUCCAGACAACUUUGUGCUCCCACCACCCCCUAUCAAGAAGCUGGUCCCACGGAAAGCAGUGUCUCGGGAAUCAGCUGCCAUUAAGGAACCAAAAAAGUUGGUGCCCAAAACAUCCCUCCCUACAGUAAAGAAGCUGGUGACAGCCCCCACUGGGCCCACCAAAGCCAAGACAUCUUGGACACCCAACAAGGACAGUCAGAAGCUCCCCUCCCGAGACUCAGGCACUAAUGGCAGCAUCUCCAGUGGAAAAGCUUCCCCAGCGGGAAACCACCUUGGCAGAAAGCGAUUCAAAACCCAGGCUCCUCGGCAACAUGCUGCAUCCAGUCAGGAGGGCAAGCAGGCCAGCCUGGCAAAGGCCCCUUCUGUGAGCAGAACACCCACUCUGGACAAGACCACCAACUCAGGGAAGAUCCCAUCUCCAGAGAAGGCCCCCAGGCCCGAGAAGAUCCCAGCUCCUGACCAAGUCCCCAUCUCAGAGGAGACCCUGACCCUGGAGGACAAGGCCUCUACCCCAGAUAACCCCACCCCCGAGAGGAUCCCGACUCCUGAUCAAGUCCCCAUCCCAGAGAAGACCCUGACCCUGGAGGACAAGGCCUCUACCCUAGAGAGCCCCACCCCCGAGAGGGUCCUGACUCCUGACCACGCCUCCACUCCAGAGAGGAUCUUAUCUGUGGAAGAGCCCCCUGCCCCAGAAGUCUCACCCAAGGAUGAAGUCCCUGACCCAAAGAUUCCCCCUCCAGGGGUUGAGACCCCCAUCCUAGAAAAGGUCUUGACCUCAAAGCAGGUGUUCUCUGAAGAAGAGGUGUCCAUCAGGGACAAUCCUCAGUGCCACCACUUCUUUCCUGAGGAAACCCUGCAGAAGGUCAAGUCCCUCGUGGCCAAAGAGCCUCAGUCCCAAGAGCAGGUACACAUGCCAGAGGAGCCCCUACUCCAGCAUGAUCCCUGUGAGAGACGCCUCUGUAUGUGGGUGCACCCCCUGCUUGGGGGAAACAGCACCUCACUCCAGUCUGAGUCCAGGUCUAAUCCUGAGGCCGGGCCUGCCCUUGAGAAACCCCGCCCCGAGGAAGAGGCUACAGCCCUCUCAGAGGAGGACCCUUCCAAAGAGGAGGCCACCCCUAAAGAAGAGGCGCCCCCCAAAGAGGAGACACCUUCGAAAGAGGAGGCGGCUCCCAAAAAGCAGGUGCCCCCUAAAGAGAUAGCCCCUGCCCCCAAAUACCCACAUUCUGUCAAGCCGACACAAGACCCCCAAGAGUCUCUCGCCCUCCAUUCCCGGGUUCCGCAAAGUUCCGCGGAAAGCCAGGGUGAUACGGUCGCCAUAGCGACGCUACGGCGAGAGGUGGCGUCUCUCAGGAAGACGCUGGAGCUGAUGCGAGCGCAGCUGGAAAGGAAGCUGAGCGACAUCCGGGAGGAGCUGAAGUGCGAGAGGGCAAAGCGCCAGCUGCUGGAGGUUCAGGUGAUGCAGAGGACCCCGAAGUCCCCGACCCGGGGCUCCAUCCAUGCGCAGACGCAGACUCACUGA